UACUGGUCUAUACUUCAAUUACUUUCAGAGCUUUAUCUCAUAACCUAAAACAAGAUGGUCAAAAAUCUGACAUUCGAUGUCCGUUACGACGACGAGCUAGCUCACCAAUACUACGGGGAUGGAGAAAAGCUAGCUAACAGGAUGCGGCAGAUUUAUCAAAACAAGAAUCUUGAGUUCCCUGAUCAAUUCGACUCCACGUCCACAUACCCUCCUAUAAACUUUAUGCCAGUGACUGCAUCGGACGAGGUCAACGUUGAUGAGCUCAGGACAGUGAAUGUUCCUCAGGGCUUAAACGUGGAAAUUAUAGACUUUGAUGAUGAGUAGGGGUACACUUUAGGAUCUUUCAGGCGUUGCGCUUGGUCUUUGGAAUCUAGAUGAUUGUCUUGAAAAGAU